CCAAGCCUUCCCAGCUGCCACCUAUCAUCACUCUUAACAACAAAUUUCUAAUCACCUCUUCCCCCUUUAAAACCACCCUCUCCCAAAACUAACCCACAUAUUUUCAAUCCAUAGCUCUCUCUCUGUCUUUCUGUUAUCUCUUUAUUUCUCAUGAACACUAUGAUGAGCUUUAGGAGUUCCUUGUGGUCAUUUUUCCUUCUAACCACUGUUGGUGUGCUGUUUGGGGCAAAUGGGCAGCCUCUGGUUCCAGCAAUGUUCCUAUUUGGGGACUCAGUGGUGGAUGUGGGCAACAACAACCACCUCCACACCAUCAUAAAAGCAGACUUCCUCCCCUAUGGAAGAGACUUUAUCAGCCACAAACCCACUGGAAGGUUCUGCAAUGGAAAGCUUGCCACUGACUUCACUGCUGAAAACCUUGGCUUUACUUCUUACCCACCUGCAUAUCUCAGCGAAAAUGCCACUGGGACGAACCUCUUGACCGGUGCCAACUUUGCGUCCGCAGCUUCUGGCUACCACGAUGGCACGGCGCAGUUAUAUGAUGCAAUCUCAUUGAGCCAGCAGGUGGAGUACUUCAAGGAGUACCAGGGUAAGCUGGUGAGCAUAGCAGGGAAAUCCAAUGCUUCAACCAUAAUAAAGGGUGCAGUCUACCUGAUUAGUGCUGGGAGCAGUGACUUUGCUCAAAACUAUUACAUUAACCCUUUUCUCUACAAGGCUUACACACCUGAUCAGUUUUCAGACAUUCUCAUGCAAUCCUAUUCAACUUUCGUUCAGAAACUAUAUGGGUUGGGAGCAAGAAGGAUUGGGGUGACGACAAUGCCACCGAUUGGAUGCGUGCCUGCGAUAAUAACUUUAGUUGGUGAUGAUAGCAACGUUUGUGUGAAAAAAUUAAAUGAUCAUGCAAUCUCAUUUAACAACAAGCUCAAUGCCACCUCUCAACACCUCCAAAACACUCUUUCUGGCAUCAAAAUUGUUGUCUUUGACAUUUAUCGCCCUCUAUAUGAUCUUGUCACUAAGCCUUCUGAAAAUGGGUUCUUUGAAGCGAGGAAGGCAUGUUGUGGAACAGGGUUAUUGGAGGCAUCAAUAUUGUGCAACUCUGAUUCGGUGGGAACAUGUGCGAACGCAUCCGAGUAUGUGUUUUGGGAUAGCUUUCAUCCCUCUGAGGCUGCUAACAAAGUCUUAGCUAAUGAUUUGCUAAUUGACGGCAUCUCCCUAAUCUCCUAAUUCUUAAUGCUUGUUUAUCAAGAAUUGACAUGCAUUUAUGUUGUAUUUGAGGUUAUGUCAUUGUUUAUGUGUAUGUGUACCAAUGAUUUUUCACAUGGUUUUCUACUUUUGUGUUAAUUAUCCGAUGUAAGAGCUAUUCUUGUAUUAAUAAGAUAACUUGCAUAGUGCAAUCUACUGAAUUAUUAAAUAUGAUGCAAAUGCUACUUUGUAUAGUCA